AUACGAACGACUCACUGUGACCAGGGAACCAAACAGAGAAGUGGGCAGGAAUCUAGCUGUGUAAUCAAAACAGCUUGUGUCUGUAAACCACUUUGCCACUUACUGAUUUGAACAAACGUUUGUUUUAACCAAAACCUUUUUUCAAUUCCCUACUGUCAAAAGUGCCCGAUGCCCGUCAAAACAGACGUUCACGUACCACCGCCGGCCAAUUCACAUCAGCCCGGACUCAAUCGAUCCCUAUUGUACAAUGGUUCUCGAUUUCAGGGUCACCAGAAGUCUAAAGGCAAUUGUUACGAUGUAGAAGUCGUCUUACAGCAUGUUGAUGAAGAGAACUCAUAUCUGUGUGGCUACCUGAAAAUUAAAGGUCUUACUGAAGAAUUCCCCACCCUCACCACAUUUUUUGAUGGAGAAAUUAUCAGCAAAAGAUUCCCUUUCCUCACUCGUAAAUGGGAUGCAGAUGAGGAUGUUGACAAGAAACACUGGAGCAAAUUUCUGUCAUUUUAUCAAUAUGCAAAAACAUUCAAUUCAGAUACCUUUGACUAUGAUGCCAUGCAAGAGACAGAUUUUGUUUUCAUGAGGUGGAAGGAACAUUUCUUGGUGCCUGAUCACACUAUCAAAGAUAUUAAUGGAGCAAGUUUUGCUGGUUUUUACUACAUCUGCUUCCAGAAAUCGACCGCCACAAUCGAAGGCUACUACUACCAUCGCAGUUCAGAGUGGUACCAAUCGCUGACGCUCACUCACGUGCCUGAGCACAGCAUUCAAAUCUACGAAUUUCGAUAAAAUUCCUUCCACCAAAAAUACUUGAUUGUUGCUUA